AUGUCGACCAUCCUCAUCCCUCCUACAAACGAGCGGAAGAGGGUCAAAGUCUAUGAAUUGAAGAACAAUGACUGGUUCGACAGAGGUACAGGUUUCUGUACGGGUCGAGCCAUGAGUAUUGGUGGGAAUGUAAGAAUGGAGAUAAUUCAGCGGCCGUUACAGAGGGUAGCGCUAAUCCUACCACAGGAAGAAUCCAGGAUCUACGUCGAAUCGGAAGAUGAACCAGACCGACUACUUCUUGAGACAAGGAUCGGAAAAGAUGAUGGCUACCAGAAGCAGCAAGAUACCCUGAUUGUGUGGACUGAGCCUGGCGGAACAGACAUGGCGCUCAGUUUUCAAGAAGCUGAAGGUUGCGCCACUAUAUGGGAUUUUGUUAGCAAUGUACAGCAGCAGUUACUCGCUUUGGGACCUCCUGACGACGCGCUUUCCGACGAUGCUAUGGAUGCUUUCGCCUCCAACCCUCUUGUGCUACCACAGCCCGAGAUCGGGAAUUUAGAAGAUAUCGAGCACGCGAUGCGAAGCGUCGCCUCAACUCCUCAAGGCCGAGAUGCACUUGCGAAGUUCGUAAUCAGCGAAGACUAUAUCCGAAAAUUGAUUCCACUUGUGGAAAUGGCUGAAGAUCUUGAGUCGCUGAAGGAUUUGCACCUCUUAUGCAACAUAAUGAAGAUGCUUAUAUUACUCAAUGACAACCAAAUUGUCGAGCAUAUCGUCAACGAGGACGUCGUUUUUGGGGUAAUCGGAGCUCUUGAAUAUGAUCCAGACUUUCCCAACCACAAGGCGAACCAUCGGAGAUACCUUAGAGAUCAUUCGAGGUAUAAAGAGGUGGUGAAGAUUGCAGAUCCAGCCAUAACGAGGAAGAUUCACGCGACAUGGCGGUUGACUUACCUGAAAGACGUUGUACUAGCCCGCAUUUUGGAUGAUCCCACCUUUGGCGUGCUUAAUUCUCUCAUAUUUUUCAACCAAGUCGAAAUAAUAGACUACUUGCGGACGAACCCCGGUUAUCUAGAAGAGCUUUUUGGCAUCAUCGACUCGACUACGAUCGAGCUAAAGCGGAAGAAAGACGCAGUUGGAUUCAUACAAUCAUGCUGUGCUAUUGCGAAAAGCCUCCAGGCUCCAGCGAGAGCAAAUCUCUAUACCACAUUCAUCAACCAUGGCUUACUCCGAGUCAUCACUUUUGCUAUUCUAAACCAAGAAGCCUCCCUCAGAGUCGCGGGCACAGAUAUCUUAGUGGCGAUGAUAGACCAUGACCCUAGUAUGGUCCGUGGUUACAUUCUCAAAUCGAUAGGAGAGAAGAAGACACCCCUCACUGACACCCUCAUUGAACUUCUGCUUGUAGAAUCUGAUCUUGGCGUUAAAGCCCAGGCUGCCGAUGCCAUCAAAGUUCUCCUUGAACCAGCACAACAAUCAGCGCAAGCUCAGGCGCAGGCGCAGGCGCAGGCUCAAGCUCAAGCUCAAGAUGCUAUGUCGAGAAAUGGGGAGAUUAUGUCGAAAUUCCGAAACAAUCUAGCACCUAACCCACAAACCGAAUCGUAUAUACAACACUUCUACGAACAUUCUGCUGAGAAACUUUUCAGACCGAUGAGGGAGCUGGAGAAGAGGGAAACGCUCAACGACUUGACAUUCAAUGAUGUACAACUUUAUACUCAUCUUAUCGAAAUCAUAAUGUAUCUUACAAGGACUCACCAACAAAGAAGUCGGUACUACCUUUUUUCAGAAAACUUGGUAUCGCGCAUAGCACAGCUACUUUCAUCUCCACAAAAACACUUGAAACUUAUCGCCCUCAAAUUUUUUCGCUCUUGUAUAAGCCUACAGGACGAGACAUACAACACUCAUUUCAUCCAACAGAACCAUUUCGCUUCGAUAUUAGAUAUUGUCUAUAAUACAAUGCCGAGGGAUAACCUCCUCAACAGUGCCUGCCUCGAGCUCUUUGAGUCGAUCCGGCACAUGGGCGUGAAAUCUCUCAUCGAACAUAUUGUAAACACCUGGCGACCAAAACUUGAAGAAAUAACCUACGUCGAUACUUUCCAUAACUUGAUAGUGAGGUACGAUCAAUAUCAGAAUCCACCUCCACCGGAGGGAGAUAUGACGCUUUUCAGUAAUGACGGUGAGGUACCGGAUGAUAGAAAGAACUUGGUCAAUGGGCAUAGAUGGCAAGGUAUGAAGGAGAUGGACGCAGAAGAAGCGGCGUACUUUGAGACAUCGGACGAUGAGGACGAGGAUGAGGCUGAGAUACCUCGUAUGAAGCGAGUCAAGACAGCAGGUGCGCCAAUGUCCAACGGACUAGCGCCCUCCGCGAUGCUUAAAUCGCUGGUCGACUAUCCAGAUGACGAUGAAGACAUGGAUAACAUCUUAGAGUCCUUGCCUGUCCAUCACUUACAAUCAGGAAACCGGCGGCCAAAGCUAUCUCCUUCUCCUGUGAUUCAAACUCCACCAGAGCGUCUUGCUGAGAAGAGGAGACGAGAAGAUGAUGACGAUGAGGACGAGUUAGGCAAAUUAUCUACGAUAAGCAAACGCAGAAGCUCUGCCUCAUCCUCUCCGGGCUCCGGUGGAAACAACGUUUCACCCAACAACGUGCUUCGACGCCGGAAAAGCUUUUUUUCGUCCAAAGAAAAAGAGGCCCCUCCGGUGAACGAGAUUGGCUCUGGCGAAGUGAAAAAGAAGAUAGCAAUUUCAAUCGGCGGAACGAAGACACCGCCUGCCGAACCUGAUGAGGAGACCCCAAUUGACGAUAAAUAG